CUUUAUGCCUUCAUGUAUGUUUGGUCAGUAAUGUUUUAAGGCAGGGAUUAGCGAUGGGUCAAUUCCUGUCCCCUCUGUGGACUUUUUGACUCUAUGCUAGUUGCUGUCUGUACUUGCAUUGUUAUUUAGAUUUGCAGCUUUUAGACUUUUGCUUUCUGCAGCUUGUUAUCGAUAAUCAAGUGAAAAUCAAGUUCAUCAGGCAAACUUUCGGUCUCACAGUCUUUUGCGAGUAUGCACUGUAUCUAGCUCAACACUCAAAAGACAACUGUCAAGCCUGCAGUUGUCUUUACAGUGUCUUUGUAUGUCUAUUAUAGGGGAUGAGACAUGGAGAGGAGGGUCAGACUGCUUGUCUGUUCAUCCUGUUUACUUGCAUUCCCUGGCAGGGCUCACUGGGUUUGAAAUGCCAUGAGGAAGGCUGUGUGUAUGUGUGUUUAAAUUGAGAUGGCCAACCAAUAAACGGGCAGUUCGUGUCACACCGCACCAUUUGAGGGUGGAGGGUAGCCCAAGCCCGACCUUCCUCUGACUCUUCUUCGGUGUUUGCAGUCCAGUGUGUAACAAAGCUCUGUCUCUGCUGAGUUGAAUGUUGAUUUUGCUAUCAGAAGUCUACCAUGCCUUUUCUACUGGGGUUUAGACAGAGUAGGCUGCUGUGUUUCGGAGUGAACAACCAGAGCUACUUCUGUGAUUCGGGCCACUGCUGUGGAAAGUCCCAGUGCUGCAGCUAUUACUAUGAAGUGUGGUGGUUUUGGUUGGUCUUGACACUCAUCGUCAUUCUGGGCUGCUGCUGUGUGUGUCACCACCGCAGAGCCAAACACAGACUGCAGCAGCAGCAACGGCAGCACGAGAUCAACCUCAUCGCUUACAGAGAAGCCCAUAACUACACCUCUCUACCCUUCUACUUCAGGUUUCUGCCUGGUUACCUCUUACCCGCUUACGAGGAAGUCGAGAACAGACCUCCGACACCCCCUCCUCCAUAUAGUGCCUCUCAACCAGGCCAGUCCACCAGCACUGACCCCAUGUGCUCUGAGCAACCAGAUGAGCUCUGCCCUCCACUACAGUCCAGCCCUGUUGCCUCUGCAUCAGAGAACUGUUCCCCAGGGCCCUGCAUCGAGCAGCCACAUUCUCCCACCACCCACUGCCCCGCCAGAAACGCCCACAAACCAUAUCUCAGCCUAGAGGAGGAUGAGCAAAUCCAGCAGGUAGCAUGUGCUACCUCACACAGCCUAGUCAAACAAAGCAGUGAGGAUCUGACUAAACCUGGAGAGCAAGGCUUGGACUGUUCUCCUGACAGCAAGGACAAGACUUCAGGCCGUCAUAGGCACUUCACGGGUGACUCUGGGAUUGAAGUAUGUGUGUGCAGCCAGGGGCCCGGGGACAGAGAAGAGGAGAUGAAAGAGCUAGUAGGCCAUAUGGAUGGAGGGUUGCUUGAGGAGCAGGACUUCUGUGAUAGCUGCAACCCCCGCAGUAGUAGUCCUCAGGGUUUAGGGGAUGAGGAGCAGGGCCUGGCUGCCUCAGACGGGGAGCCUCAGCAACCCCCGGUCUGCCUCCAUUUGCACACCAUCAUCGAACAGGAGGAUCCACAUCAUGGCAACAAAAUAGACCCUCAGAGUUGAGCACAACUAGUUCCAGCAGAGACUUGUUUUACACUGCUGUCUCUUUGCCUUUACUUUCUCAAAAGUACAUCAAUCAGUUUUUACUGUCAGCAAUGUCACUUUGUGUGUGCGUGUGAAAGAGUGUGUUUCAAGAGGGUGUUAAUGUGCAAAUCCUUUAUGGUUUUUAUGGAUUAAUUGGAUAAUCUAAUAAAGACAUUAAUAGGUCAGUUGCCUCAAAGAGAGGUCACGAUCAAAGCCACAGGGGAAAUUCUGUUCCCCGGUUUAUAGGCUUAUCGUGUUGACCCACAGCACUGAAUGACAUGCCUUUAGACUAUUUUUUUUUUUUUUAGGCUGAUUGCCUCCUGAGACCCAAACCCAAAAAUGAAAACUGGGUCAGAAUUUACUCACCCUCAUGUUGUUUUUCUUCUGCGAAACACAAGAUAUUUUUAAUGAAUAUUCCAGUCCUUUUUUUCAAUGCAAUAUUCAUUAAAAUAUCUACUGUGUUCUGAAGUAGAAAGUUAUACGGGUUUGGAACAACAUGAGGGUGAGUAAAUGACAGAAUCUUCAUUUUUGGGUGAACUAUUUCUUUAAGGUCUGAUUAAAAUGAUCUGUGGUUGUUUUUUUCCCCCAAAUUCUUACCUUUAAUGUAAUUUAAAAUAUUGCCCCUCCCAAAGGGACAAGAUUACACAGUGCAAACAAAGGACAGAAAACAGGGUAAAGACUGCCAUGACGGUCUCAACCAGGCAGUCCACUGAUACUUCAGAGCUUUAAUUGUCUUUUUUUUUGUGCUUUUUGUCUUUUUAUAUAUAUAUAAUUUUUUUAAAAUGUGUGUCUGGAGGAGUAUCACUGCAUGAUGCUAUUCAGAAAAAUAAAGUCACCUAAUAGUGAUCUUGUCGAAAUAUGUGCUCCCUACCUAGCAGUUAAACUGGGUAGGGUUGUCAUUUUGUUUUUGUCUUGUUUUGUAUUGCAUGGUUUUGGCUUAAUCCAAAACUAAACUAUAUUUCGCAUGAUUAUUUGCAUAGAUCCAUAAGCAGACGUCCACAGUUGUUGUUAUACCACAUGCUUUCAAGUAGUGAAAUUUGAAGUUCAUUAUGCAAAGAAUCUUUAAAUGCAGGCUGUAAAUACAACCCCAAUUCCAAAAAAGUUGGGACAGUAUGAAAAAUGCUAAUAAAAACAAAAAGGAGCGAUUUGUAAAUUAUAUUCACCCUUUGCUAUAUUGAAAGCACUACAACUAAACAUUAUAUGAUGUUUUACUUUGUAAAUUUCAUUUUUCUAUUUUUUAUUUACAGUAAUUUCAAAUCAGAUCAUUGCAGCACACUCCAAAAAAGUUGGGACAGUCGAGUGUUUACCACUGUGAAACAUCAUUUCUUCUAAUAACACAAGCAUUUAGGCACAGAAGACACAAGUUUGUUAAGUUUAAAAAGUGGAAUUUUCCCCCAUUCAUCCAUUAUGCAGGUCCUCAGCUGCACAAUUGUACAGGGUCUUUGUCGCCGUAUUGUGUGCUUCAUAAUGCGCCACACAUUCUCAAUUGGAGAUGGUCAGGACUGCUGCCAGGCCAAUCUAGCACUCUCUGCUUAUUCGGCCAGUAUGUGGUUGGAAGUUGUCCUGCUGAAAAUGCCGGGAUGUCCCUGGAAAAGACGGUGCUGGAUGGUAGUAUAUGCUGCUGCUCAAAUUUUUUCAUAUCUGUCUGAAUUAAUGGUGCCAACACAGAUGUGCGUGUUACCCAUGCCAUGGGCAUUGACAAACCCCUGGCCCAUACAGACACUGGCUUUUGGACCUGAUGCUAAUAACAGCUUGGAUGGUCCUUUUUCUCUUUGACACAGAGAAUACAAUGGCUGUUUUUCAAAAACUAUUUGAAAUGUGGAUUCAUUGGACCAAAAAACAUGGUUCUACUUUCCAUCUAAGGUGAGACCGAGCCCAGAGAAGUUGGCAGCGCUUCUGGACAGUGUUGAUGUAUGGCUUCUGCUUUGCAUAGUAAAGUCUUAACUUGCAUCUGUGGAUGCAGCAGUGUUGACUAACAAAGGUUUACUAAAGUAAUCCCAAGCCCAUGUUCAUGAUAUCCAUUACAGAUGAAUGAUGUUUUUUAAGACAGUGAUGUCUGAGGGAUCAGAGAUGACGCACAUUUAGAAGUGGUUUUCGUCUUGCCAAGAUUUGACCAGAUUCCUUGAAACUUUUAACUAUACUGUGCACUGUAGAGGGUGAAAUGCCCAAAAUCCUUCCAAUUUGUCUUUGGGGAACAUUGUUCUCAAAGUGCUGGAUUAUUUGCUGAAGCAUCUGUUGGCAAAUUGACAAGUCUUGAACGAUCCUUGCUCUUGAAGGACUAGGCUGUUUUUGGAGGCUCAUUAUAUAUUAUGACAUAAUUGCUUCAUCUGUUUAACAUCUCCUUGUUUCACAUUGCCUUGUUAUUUUAACUUGUCAAAUUGUUAUUAGUCUUAAAUUGCCCGUCUCAACUUUUUUGGAGCAUGUUGCAAUCAUCUGAUUUUAAAUUACUGUACAUUAAAAAAACAACAACAAUGAAAUUCACAAGGUAAUCAUGUAAUGUGUAGUUGUAGUGUUUUCAGUAUAUCAAAGGGUGAAUAUAAUUUACAAAUCACUACUUUUUGUUUUUAUUUGCAUUUUUCAUACUGUCCCAACUCUUUUGGAAUUGGGGUUGUACUUUUGUAUAUAGAUUUAACCCAUUUUGCAUAUUUACAGUAGGUGCCUUUAUUGAUUUUACUAGUUUUGCCAUAUGCCUUAAAGAGUCCAAUGUGUGUGUGGUCGGAUUACUGCAUGAAAUAAUCAAGGGCCAGUAUGAGUGGAAUAAUAGACUUAAGUACAUACUAAUGGGUAACUUCUUGUAAGGAUCACUUGAUAAGCCUUCCAUCGAAACAUAUCAUUUAAAUAUGUAUGUUAAUCAUUUUUGCCUUAAUUUAAUUUCUGUAUUCUCCCAUAGUGCUUUAAAUAGUUUUUGUAUCUUAACACUGUAAGGGAACUCUUGCACCAUUAGCAGUAAGGUGACAUAUAUAUAUAUAUAUAUAUAUAUAUAUAUAUAUAUAUAUGCUUUAUUACUUAGAGUAAGCUUUUAAUGUUUUAUUGUAGCAGAUCAGGUAAGGUUACUGUUAUUGCAAUGUUAGCAUGUUCUUCAGAGUAGCACUUUUACAUCUGGUUAAUGAGAUGGAAAUACAGUGUGAUGGCAGUAAGACUUCCCCAAGCUGCAUUACUACACAGUCUGUGUGUUAUUAGGUUAUUUUAAAUGGAUUGUGCUUCAUGCCACUGUUUAUUUGACCUUUGGUUUGGAUUAGUAUUUAGGCUUCCUACAAUAUCAGAGACUUAGACUGGGCACAGAUAACUCGUCGGCCCUGUAGAUUUCCAAAUCAGUGUGUUGCUGUGUGAACAGGGCUAAUUUUCUUUAAAACAUGAUGUGCCAGGAAAAUUAGGUUCCAACUGUGUCGGCUGGAAAAACUGGUUCUGGAGGCAGAUUCCAACACAGACUUGGUGCCUUUGGAAACAUUUCCUGAAUGAAGCACUAGUGUCAGACCAGCUUUAAUAUAGAGCAUUUGGAAUAAAUUGGACUAGUUACUGCAUCAUGGAUGCAUUUAUCAAAGUACCAUAUUGAUUUGAUUUAGUCAAGCUUGAAGCUAAUUCAGUUAGUGGAGAUCAAGUCAUCUGUUGCAACAAGGGUACUCAUGUAUUUCUUUCUCUAGCGCUAGUCAUGAUAGUUUUCUCUCACCAUUCGAUGUUUGAGACCAAAGGUAUUGCUUAGAAGUUAAAGUCUCAGUCACAAUGUUGGUUAGCUUACUGUGAAUGAGACUGUGGGAGUUCUGCCUGAAAAGUUGUCAUUGCACUGUUUUGUCACUGAUGCAGUGAAAUUGCAUGCUUGAAGGUGACGAAGGCUUUGCAAGCCAAUUGCUUUUGUUUAUUUCUUAAGCUUUGAUUUUAAGCCUGGUACAAUGUUUUAGUUUUGUAUCUGUAGUCACUUUCUUUUUAUAUAUAAAACUGUAUUUUCUGCAUUUUAUAAGGCUCAACCAAAUUAAUGAGUAUCAAAGAAUGUUCCAUAUGAAUAAAAAAGUUUUAAAGCUAAAGAAUUUCCUCUGACUAUUUCAGUUCCAAAAAUCCAAAAUGCCUGGAUAUUACUGUUGGAAAUAGAGUCAUGUUGUCUCAAGAGAUUCGUUUUAUUCAUGUUUGAUUUGUGAUACAGCAGCUUUGUAUUUAUUUUUUCUUG